AUGUCAGGUAUAAAAAUCAGCUUGAAGAAGAAGAAUCUAAAGUUAAAGAAACCAAAUGUGAAUAUUUCAGCACAAGGAGAUGACCAAUCUCAACCGGAGAAGAGACUAAUUACAACAUAUUCAAAAGAAGAUAAAAGUACACCGACAAACGAAACCAGGCCAAUAAUAGCUUUCAAGCAACCACGUAAAAGCAUUUUACAAAAGAAGAUUGAAAUUGAUGAGAAACCAAUACUACCGUACGGGGUAACAACUUUUGAAAAAGUGGAGACUACGAAACAAUCAAUGAUUAAAGCCUUGGAAACAGAAAAUUCUGAAGAUGAGUCUAGCGACAAUCGGAAAAUACCAAUCGAUGAAUUUGGUGCUGCAUUUCUAAGAGGACUUGGUUGGAAAGAGGAGGAAGAAAAGACGAAAGACAACAACAAAUCCACCAAUCUUCAGAAUCUAUCACACAGGAAACAAGGAAUCACAUUAGGAAUAGGGGCGAAACCUAUAGAUGAAGAGAUAUUACAAGACUUGAAUUCUACAGAAAAAGGUAUUCCAAUCAUAAAACGACGUAAAUUAAACCAUACAAAUAAAUAA